GCGCUUUGGCGGAUAGCCCGGAAGCGGAAGCGACUGAAGGGCAAGGCGGCGGCGGCGGCGGGGAAGGACCGGCCGGGCCGGGCGGCUCAGGAUGUGGCGGGCCUGCUCGGCGGCGGCGGCGGCGGCCUGCGCUGCCUGUCAGAAUUUGGCCAAUGGCACCUACAGAGCGAGAGGGAAGCUGCCGCUGCAGAAACUGCAUCUUAUUUCACGAAAAACACAUCAUUCCUGCUAUCCUGCUUCCAAAUUACCACGACUUCGGUUAAGGACCUCGGCACAGCAUUACUCCGCCCUCAGUCGCCUUCCCUUGCGCAGCUCCAGGCUGUUUGUAAAGUACGGCCUCCAGCCCUCCAGGAACUUUUGGCUUGCUCGGGUGGCGUCCAGGCUGCUGCGGCUGCGCUACAUCGUGCUGGGCUCUGCGGUGGGCGGCGGCUACACGGCCCAGAAGACCUACAACCAGUGGAAGGAUUCUCUGCCUGACCUCAGCGAAUAUAAAUGGAUUGUUCCGGACUUCCUGUGGGAAAUCGAUGAGCACAUCGACUUCGAGAAACUUAAAAAGGCUCUUCCCGAUUCCGAAGAGCUGGCCAAGCUGGUGCCGGACUUCCACAAGAUCAGCGAGACCUUCAGCUCCUUAUCCGGUUUCUUCACACCCGGUUCUUCCGGGGAUUCAGCCUUCAGAGCCACCGACCAGGGAAGCGAAGGUGACAAGCAGCACAAGAAGGGUCUCCUGGGCGAGCUCAUCCUCUUGCAGCAGCAAAUCCAGCAGCACGAAGAGGAUGUCCGCAGAGCCGCUGACCAAUUUGGGCCAGGCUCCUCCUCCUCCUCCCAGCAGAAGCGCAAGGUUUCUGAUAAAGAAAAGGUCGAUCAGCUCCAGGAAGAAUUACUGCGGACGCAGCUGAAAUAUCAGCGGAUGCUGGAGCGUUUGGAGAAGGAGAAUAAAGAGCUGAGGAAGAUUGUCUUGCAGAAGGACGAGAAAGGCAUUCAUCAGAGGAAGGUGAAGAAAUCUUUGAUUGACAUGUACUCCGAAGUUCUGGAUACCCUGUCAGACUACGAUGCCAGCUACAAUACCCACGACCACUUGCCUCGGGUGGUGGUGGUGGGAGAUCAGAGCGCUGGCAAAACCAGCGUGCUGGAGAUGAUCGCUCAGGCCCGGAUCUUCCCUCGGGGCUCGGGAGAAAUGAUGACUCGCUCCCCUGUCAAGGUGACUCUCAGCGAAGGCCCUCACCACGUGGCCGUCUUCAAGGACAGUUCUCGGGAGUUUGACCUGAACAAGGAGGAAGAUCUGGCAGCCUUGCGACACGAGAUCGAGAUCCGGAUGAAGAAGAGCGUGGGCAGCGGCUGCACCGUCAGCUCGGAGACCAUCUCGCUCAGUGUGAAGGGCCCCGGCCUGCAGAGGAUGGUGCUGGUCGAUUUGCCCGGUGUCAUCAGCACGGUGACCUCGGGCAUGGCGGCCAACACGAAAGACCUCAUCUUCAGCAUGAGCAAAGCCUACAUGCAGAACCCCAACGCCAUCAUCCUGUGCAUCCAAGAUGGCUCCGUGGAUGCCGAGCGCAGCAUCGUCACUGACCUGGUCAGCCAAAUGGACCCCCAGGGCAAGAGGACCAUCUUUGUGUUAACCAAAGUGGACCUGGCGGAGAAAAACGUGGCCAGUCCCAGCAGGAUUCAGCAGAUCAUCGAAGGCAAACUCUUCCCCAUGAAGGCUCUGGGGUAUUUUGCGGUUGUUACCGGAAAAGGAAACAGCAGUGAAAGUAUUGACUCUAUUAGAGACCACGAAGAGGAAUUUUUCCAAAACUCCAAACUAUUGAAGAACUGCAUGCUGAAACCCCACCAGGUGACCACGCGCAACCUCAGCCUGGCUGUGUCCGACUGUUUUUGGAAGAUGGUGCGUGAGUCAGUGGAGCAGCAGGCGGACGCUUUCAAAGCAACCCGCUUUAAUUUGGAAACCGAGUGGAAGAACAACUACCCCCGCUUGCGAGAGCUGGACCGGAACGAGCUGUUUGAAAAAGCCAAGAACGAAAUCCUCGACGAAGUCAUAAGCUUGAGCCAGGUGACCCCCAAGCACUGGGAGGAGAUCCUCCAGAAGACCUUGUGGGACAGGGUCUCCACCCACGUGAUAGAGAACAUCUACCUUCCAGCAGCCCAGUCUCUGAAUGCCGGGACCUUCAACACCACCGUGGACAUCCGGCUGAAGCAGUGGACAGACAAGCAGUUGCCCAACAAGGCCGUGGAGGUGGCCUGGGAGACCCUGCAGGAGGAGUUUUCCCGCUUCAUGACCGAGCAGAAGGGCAAGGAGCACGACGACAUCUUUGACAAGCUGAAGCAGGCCGUGAAGGAGGAGAGCAUCAAGAGGCACAAGUGGAACGAGGGGGCAGAGGACAGCCUGAGGGUGAUCCAGCACAACGCCCUGGAGGACCGCUCCAUUUCGGACAAGCAGCAGUGGGACGCCGCCAUUCAGUUCAUGGAGGAGACCCUGCAGAGUCGCCUGAAGGACACGGAAUCGGUCAUUGAAGACAUGGUGGGGCCGGACUGGAGGAAAAGGUGGCUGUACUGGGUGAAGCGCAGCAAAGAGCAGACGACCCGCAACGAAACCAAAAACGAGCUGGAGAAGAUGAUCAGAUGCAACGAGGAGCACCCGGCUUACCUGGCCAACGACGAGGUCACCACCGUCCGGAAGAAUCUCGAGGCCCGAGGGGUGGCGGUGGACCCCUGCUUGAUCAAGGACACCUGGCACCAGGUUUACAGGCAGCACUUCUUGAAGCAAUCCCUGGACCACUGCAACCUCUGCCGGAGGGGCUUCUACUACUACCAGAGGCACUUUGUGGACUCGGAGCUGGAGUGCAACGACGUGGUGCUCUUCUGGCGCAUCCAGCGCAUGCUGGCCAUCACUGCCAACACCCUGAGGCAGCAGCUGGCCAACACCGAAGUGAGGCGCCUGGAGAAGAACGUCAAGGAGGUGCUGGAGGACUUUGCCGAAGACUGUGGGAAGAAGGUGACGCUGCUGACGGGGAAGCGAGUGCAGCUGGCUGAGGACCUCAAAAAAGUUCGGGAGAUCCAGGAGAAGCUUGAAGUCUUCAUCGAAGCCCUUCACCAAGAGGAAAAGUGAUGGCUUUACCAGGCUUUUGUCUUUCAGUCAAAAAAGGCUACGGGGAAGGCAAAGCCCUGCUCUGGAGUCCGUGGAAAGCAGAUCCCUCUGCUGGAUUUUUUGGACUCUCCCAGAAUGUUCCAGAAGGAAUUGCUGCUCUUAGAAAGACGGUCACUUCAUAGAUGCUCAUCGGAAGGAGAAGCAAAGCAAGGAGGCCACUAGAAACCUGGACUUUAUGGCAUCCUUGAAGUGGCAUCUUGCAGGUGGCGUCCAGAUUGUGUGAUUCUGUUUUUAUUUUGAAGACGGGAUAAACGGAAGGGAGGAAUGUUCAUCCCGAGAUGGUCUUCUCUCCCUUCUUCUCCAUUACGUGUAAGAAACGAGAGGCUUAAAAUAAAAAAAAUUAGCAUCUUGUGCA